AAAUCAAACUUUUGCUGUAGAAAAAGACAUGACCACACCCAAAUCACAAAUUCUAAAACGAAUUGAGCUCUUGUCACAUAAUUUAAGCGAUAAAAUAAAAUCCUUUAACGAUCGGGUCAAUGAAAUGAACGGUGACAUGGGCAUCAGCAGUUUAUUACUUGUGCAAAAUGACACGAACAACCUGUUUAAAUCCAGCACCAAAUCCUUGGAAAAAGUUUCGGAACAAUUGCAAAGCUUUUCAACGUCAACUACACAGCGGAUGACCAAUCUAGAGCACAAGUUCGGACGAUUUCCGGAAGACUCAGGAGUGUACUUUAUGCGACCGGAUCCAUCGAAAGAUAUUACUUUUGCAGCAGUUCGCGACUGGACAAAUAAUCAUGGAUAUGGUGACAACUGGAUCGUUUUCCAGCGACGUUUGAACGGUUCGGUCAGUUUCCGUCGCAACUGGACCGAGUAUAAGCAGGGGUUCGGUGAUCUACGCGGUGAACACUGGUUGGGGUUGGAAAAGCUGCACAUGAUCGUGAAAUCCCGUCGUCACGAGCUGCUCAUCGUGAUGGAAGACUUCGACGGUGUGAUUGCGUAUGCACAUUAUGAUGACUUUCAAAUCGGUGAUGAAAGUGAGAAAUACGUCUUAAAAUCGGUCGGUGAAUAUUCCGGCACUGCGGGUGACUCAUUUACUCAUCACAAGGAUGAAUUGUUUUCAACAUACGAUCGAGACAAUGAUAAUUCUAAUUCCAACUGUGCCGAAAAAUUCGAAGGCGGGUGGUGGUUUUACAACUGUUAUCAAAGUUUUCUAAAUGGAAGAUAUGUGAAUGGAAAAUAUAUUUUUCAAGAUGGUAUUGAUUGGAAAUUAUUUCGAGGACUAUCUUCCCUGAAGAGCACUAAAAUGAUGGUCCGUCCUGCUGAGUAAACAAUGAUUGUGGAAAAAGAACUAAUCGCUACAAAAA